AUGCCUACCCUUGACAAACUCUUAGCGAAAGGCAAGGCGAAGCUCUCCGAGUUUACUGGGCAGCCUUCAGGCGGCCAUCACCAACAAGGCUACCCGGGCCAGGGCUAUCCGGGCCAGCAGCCUCCCCAGGGUUAUCAACAGCCUCCCCCAGGCUACCAACAACCACCUCAAGGCUAUCAGCAGCCACCGCAGGGCUAUCCUCCGCCAAACCAAGGGCAGUACACGGGGAGCCAAUAUCCCCCGCAGUAUCCGCCCCAGAACCAACAAUGGGGUCCCCCUCAGCAGCAAUGGGGUGGUGCCCCUCAGCAACAAUGGGGCCCGCCGCCUCCGCAACAGCAGCAGUCUUUUGCACCACCCGUCCCCCAGGGUAGCAAGCCACACACCCCUCAGCCUGGCGGACCGCCGCCCAUUCCACAGAACAGACCGCAGUCUGCGCAGCCUCCUCCGCCACAAAACAUCCCCCCACCACAGGGCGAGCGCGUGUACUGGAAGCCGUCCUUUGACAUCGCGACGCCCGUGUCCCAGAACUUCCGGCAUGAGAUUGGCGACCAUGGUUGGGGCAACGACGAAAAGCAGAUGUACACGGACAAUGCCGCAAACUCGUUCCACCACGACAACCGCCUGAUUGUACGCGCCCUCGUCCAGAACGGGAGUUACACUUCUGCGCGCUUGACCUCGCACCAGACGCUAUCGCGACCGCGCGGAUACUUGACGGCCACCUGCCUACCCCCUUCCGCACCAGGCAUCUGGCCUGCGUACUGGAUGCUACCUGCUGAUCCCUUCAAGUGGCCGACGGACGGCGAGGUCGAUCUUGCUGAGAGUUGGAACGGCGAGACAGAGAAUCACUCGUGCUUGCACUGGGGCUCGUACACCGGCGAGGACGCACAAAAGCAUCGAGUAGUCAAGACAUCCCUGCCAGACUUGGCACGACAGCCACACACUUACGGCUUCGCUUGGAUCGAAGAAGAGGGCAUACCUGGGUGGAGAGGGCGCAUGAUCUGGUACAUCGACGGUCGGCCAGUCAUGAAGGGCAGCAUACCUGAGGGCACCCGACGCAUGGAAGACUUCAGGAUACUCAUCAACAUCGCUAUGGGCGGCACUGUGAACCAAGGGAAACUUCCAGCGGACGGAUACUACGACUUCGUCAUCAGCGAUCUGAAGAUGUGCGAGGAGCCACAAGGUGGAUGGCAACAAUUCGAGCAUGCUUGGAACAGCACGCCUGAAGGCAAGGCCAUGUAG